AUGUUCUCCCAAAUACCACUACAGUACGAGGAGGCACACAAAUACUUGAUUGGCGCUGUACGCAAGGCACCUCAAAAAUCGGCCGCAGGUUUCCAACAGACCGCACACAAGUUCUGCAUCAUUGUUCAACUGCUCUUGGGUGAUAUUCCCGAGCGUGCGAUUUUCAGACAACCGAUGCUGUUGCAAGCCUUAGCCCCAUACAAAACCCUGAGUCUGGCUGUUCAUCGCGGAGACCUUGUUCUUUUCAACGAAACAGUGGAUGCUAAUAUCGAGAAAUUCCAAGCCGAUAACACGUACACACUCAUCCUGCGAUUGCGACACAACGUCUUAAAGACUGGCGUGAGGCGAAUUUGUCAGUCCUAUUCUGCCAUCUCAUUGACGGAUAUAUGCUCCAAGCUUCACCUGGAUAGCACCGAAGAUGCUGAGUACAUCAUGGCCAAGGCUAUUCGAGAUGGCGUAGUCAAUGCCACAAUUGACCAUGAGGGCGGUGAUGUAAGAACUAAGGAUGCUGUGGAUACCUACUCUACCAACGAACCCCAGGUGCAAUUUGAUCAGAGGGUUCAGUUGUUCAUGAAUAUGUACAAUGACACGGUGAAAGCGAUGCGAUUUCCCCCCAAUGACUAUCGGAAAGAGUUGGAGAGUGCGGAGGAGAGGCGUCUGCGUGAUCAGCAGGAGAAGGAGAUUAUCGAAUAUGUGGAAGGUGACGAUGACGAGCCUGAUUUCUAGCUCGGCCCACCCUGUGUGCGUGUGCGCAGUUGUUCCCAUUUGUAUGGGUAUAAUUGGGGUAUAUGCGGCUACGCACUGCGUGAUCCAUCUACUGAUAUUAGUUGUUAAAAUAAGCAUAUCCGAUUGUGAGUACGACUCGUGUAAUAUGCAAAACACUUUUACAUGCGGGCUUGUAGUACAUGUUUGGAUGGGAAUCAUCUGCUAUCAAAGUUAGUGCUUGCAGGGUCCUCUCACCGCUACACCAUUCAAUAAAAACUCGACAAUUAGGCGCACGAGACUCUUUUACCG